AGCCACCAUCAACCUGCAGCACAUAGGAGAGCAGGCAGAGGCCAUGUUUGGGGUCGGCAAAGGGAACAGUAUUCUGGAGGUGGAUGAUGAAGGCGGUCGUAUGUUCCUGCGCGUGCUGACCCACCUCACCAUGCACGACUACCCUCCUCUGGUGUCUGGAGCCCUGCAGCUGCUCUUCAGACACUUCAGCCAGAGACAGGAAGUGCUGCACACCUUCAAACAGGUCCAGCUGCUGAUCUCGGCUCAGGAUGUGGAGAACUACAAGCUGAUCAAAGCGGAUCUGGAUCGUCUCCGGACGCUGGUGGAGAAAUCUGAGCUGUGGGUGGAGAAGAAGAGCUCAGGAGGAGGAGACGGGAAGAAGGACAAGAAAGAGAAGAAGGACAAAGGAGAGGGAGCUUCAGAGGACGCGACGCCCAAGAAGGAGAAGCUGGAGAAGGGCAACGAGAACUACCAGAAGGUCAAAGAGAUCCUGGAGAGGCUGAAUAAGAUGUGCAGCAGCGGGGUUUGGAAGAAGCAGCAGAGGCUGCUGAAGAACAUGGGAGCUCAUAAAGUCAUGCUGGACCUGCUGCAGGUGUCCUACGACCAGAACGACGUGAAGAUGCAGGAGAUCAUCAGGUACACUCACCUGUUCCUACAGAAGUUCUGUAUGGGGAACCAGGAGAACCAGGCUCUGCUGCACAAGAACCUCAACCUGUUCCUGAACCCCGGGCUGCUGGAGGCGGAGACGGUGCAGCACAUCUUCAACAAUAACUACCAGCUGUGCAGCGAGAUCUCCGAGAGCGUCCUGCAGCACUUCAUCCACUGCCUGGCCACGCACGGCCGCCACGUCCAGUACCUCAACUUCCUCCACACCAUCAUCAAGGCUGAGGGCAAGUACGUCAAGAAGUGCCAGGACAUGAUAAUGACCGAGUUGACCAACGCCGGCGAGGACGUGGUCGUCUUUUACAACGACAAGGCCUCCUUCAACGACAUGCUGGAGCUGAUGGCGGAGAGCAGGGAGGGCGUCGGCGAGAGCAGCCCGCUCAGGUAUCACAUCUCUCUGGUGGAGCUGUUGGCGGCCUGCGCCGAGGGGAAAAACGUUUACACGGAGAUCAAAUGUACGUCGCUGCUGCCUCUGGAGGACGUGGUCAGAGUGGUGACACACGAGGACUGCAUCACCGAGGUGAAGGUUGCGUAUGUGAACUUCGUGAAUCACUGCUACGUGGACACAGAGGUGGAGAUGAAGGAAAUCUACACGUCCAAUCACAUCUGGAAGCUGUUUGAGGACUUCACAGUGGACAUGGCGCGGGUAACAGCACUGUCCUCCUGUCCAUCACUGACACAGAGACACAGACUAUCUGUCCAGGACAAAGUACUUCAGGAAAUACUCCAGUACUGUCACUUUUUAUGUGUUUGAACAAAGUAUUACUUUGUCACGCACAGACACAUUUUUAUGAGUCAAAAAUUCAAGAAAAAUAUUAUUUAAAAGCGUAAUGAAAGUGUUCAUAAUCAGUGGUGCUUCAAAAUCAGGACAGCACUCCUAUUAUAGCUUUUUUUAUUUUUAAUUUAAUUUAAUUUAAUUUAUUUAUUAUAAAACCACCCAUGUAUUUGCAUGUAAAAUAAGACACAGGACAGCACUCUGAUUAUAGCUUUUUUCAAUUUUAUUUUAAAUUUUAUUUAUUUUUUAACUACACUUGUAUUUGCUUGUGAAAUAAGACAAAUCAAGUAAAAGUCAAGACAGCCCUCGGAUUAUAUCUUUUUUUUAUUUUUUAUUUUUUAAAAUUUCCAAACGGGCGUUUGGGGUCAGACGUUUGCGUUCAGCAAUAACAAAAAGAAAACCCACAGAUGGAGUUAAUUAUAAAUUCACACAUGAAAACAGCUGCAGUGCAUCCCAGCAGGGGGAGCCAGAAA